AAUUGACACUUACGCAUAUCCAACCAUUUUAACUUGUACUAUUGACUAGUGACUGUAUUUGAGCCCCCCCCUCUCUCUCUCUCUCUCUCAACUCGAAAUUAGUUCUAAAUUUUGAAAAAAAUCUGAGAAAUUAGUAAUGGAGGGGACGAUUCGAUGCUCAGCAAAUUAUGUGCCGUUGAGUCCAAUAAGCUUUUUGGAAAGAGCAGCAGUGGUGUACGGCAACAGAGUUUCUAUUGUUUAUGGGGAUGUUAAGUUUACUUGGGCUGAGACCCGCCAAAGGUGCCUCAAACUCGCUUCAGCUCUGAUCCAGCUUGGGAUUUCUCGCGGUGAUGUCGUUGCUGCCUUGGCUCCAAAUAUUCCUGCUAUGUAUGAGGUACACUUUGGGGUGCCUAUGGCUGGGGCAGUUCUUUGUACUCUUAAUGUUCGUCUCGAUUCAGCAAUGGUGUCAGUGUUGCUCAAACAUUCAGAGGCAAAAGUCAUAUUUGUAGAUUAUCAGUUCCUUGAUAUUGCUAAGGGCGCAUUAAAAAUUCUUUCGAAGGAAAGGAUCAAAUUGCCUUAUCUAGUCCUAAUCCCCGACUGUGACAGGCAGCUACCUAUUGUUCAUAAUAGGACAUUGAUACCGGGAGAUCUGGAAUACGAGUCAUUUCUAGUGACUGGGAAACCUAAUUUUGAGAUAGUAUGGCCAAGUGAUGAAUGGGAUGCCAUUGCUCUGAAUUAUACUUCAGGUACAACAUCCAGUCCAAAAGGGGUUGUCUACAGUCACAGAGGAGCAUAUCUUAAUUCUCUUGCUGCAGUUCUUCUCAAUGAAAUGCCUUUAAUGCCUGUCUACUUAUGGUGUGUUCCCAUGUUUCAUUGCAAUGGAUGGUGUCUAACUUGGGGCGUUGCAGCACAGGGUGGUAAAAAUGUUUGUCUUAGGAAUGUUACAGCAGCAGGAAUUUUUACAAGCAUAGCUGGGCACCAAGUGAGCCACAUGGGUGGUGCGCCUACAGUUUUAAACAUGAUAAUAAAUGCACCUCCUAGUGUUCGGAGGUCACUUCCAAGGAAAGUAGCAGUGAUGACUGGUGGUGCACCACCACCACCUCAAGUGCUAUUUAAGAUGGAGGAGCUUGGUUUUGAUGUAACUCACUCAUAUGGUCUAACUGAAACCUAUGGUCCAGGAACGGUUUGCACUUGGAAACCUGAGUGGAGUUCUUUGUCACCUGAUGAGCAGGCAAAGAUCAAGUCUCGUCAGGGAUUGCACCACAUUGGCAUGGAGGAAGUAGAUGUGAAGGAUCCAGCUUCAAUGAAGAGCAUACCGCCAGAUGCAAAAACCAUGGGUGAGGUAAUGUUUAGAGGAAACACUGUAAUGAAUGGGUACUUGAAGAAUCUCAAAGCCACAGAAGAUGCUUUCAAAGGGGGUUGGUUUCGAAGUGGAGACCUUGCAGUGAAACACCCCGAUGGUUACAUUGAAUUGAAGGAUCGCGCAAAGGACAUCAUUAUUUCAGGUGGAGAAAACAUUAGCACGAUUGAGGUGGAGUCGGUGAUAUUCAGCCAUCCAGCCGUUCUUGAGGCUGCUGUGGUCGGAAGACCAGAUGAUUACUGGGGUGAGACGCCUUGUGCCUUUGUGAAACUAAAGGAUGGUAAUAAUGCAACUGCCGAUGAAAUCAUCAACUACUGCCGUGAUCGUUUACCACGUUACAUGGCUCCUAAAACAGUAAUUUUCGAUGAUUUGCCCAAAACUUCUACAGGAAAGACACAAAAAUUUGUUUUGAGACAGAGGGCCAAAGCUAUGGGGAGUAUCUCAAAGGCCAGCAAACUAUAAUUCAUAACUUUCCAGUGUUGUGGAUAGACUGAUAACAUUAUUGCUAUAAUGAGAUAUGGUGGCCUCUGUUUUAUUUGAUUGAAUCACAUUUAUGUUGUGGGAAUGCCUGUUGUAUAUGAUAAUCUACAAAUUUCAUAGCCAUUUAAGCUGCACAA